ACUUCCCGCCUUGUUCGUUGUUAAACGCUAUCAUCUCGCACACCCGGCCGCCUCAAUACCAUCAAACGCGAGCCCGUUAUCCAUUGUCCGAUUCUUCUACACUAACAAGAUGCCCUACUCAGUCAGUAACGGCCACAGAGCGGCGGCCCAUAGCGCCGCAACGCAACCCCAAAUCGAAAACAGUAGAUUCCCUCGUCAAGGUGCGUCUCACCGCAAGGUUGUCAAUAUAGGCGACGUUCUUGAUGACCGUUAUAGAGUCCUACACAUGAUCACCCACAACAGCAAUUCGGUCUCCUAUCUCUGCCGUGACUUGGAAGACGACAAGUGGCGCCGCGUAACCGUUGCCCGCUCGCAUCAAUUCAGCACCGCCAUGGACGAGUUUGAAAAGGGAGCGGAAGCGAGGCGUCGGCUUGGCGAGAAAGAAGCAGAGCGCCAGGGCUUCUGUCUCAAAGUCUUCUCCGUUGUCGGGCCCAACGGUGUCUACAUAAGUCUUGUCUACCCUCUGAACAGUCACGAGGUGGAUUUGCGGUUCUGUGCACCUUACGACGAGGCGUAUUUUAUGAAUCAGCUUAUGCAGUGGGAGAGCCUGGAGUAG